GAUUGGUUCGGUUCGAUUCGCCGGGAAUAUGAAACUUAAUCCGCCAGCAUUUCUGUUCCUCCUUGCUCUCAUUUCGAUUUGCGAUCGGAGUUGGGCCGUCUAUAAUUAUAAGCCACCUUCCCGCGGUUAUUUCUAUCCGAAGCCAGCGCGAUUGCCACCUCUGCCAGUCAAUGGCACUACGACUACGAAUGCGACUUCGACUUCGACUUCCAAUUCCGGUCCACCGCCCGGAGUGCAGGCGGACUACAUUGAUGAUCUGAUUGAGGGCCAUAAGCAGCAAAUCUUAUCGAAUGUUUUGGGCGUGGCCAGCGAAACUCCUUCGGAUCCGGCCUCCUCCCCGAUUUCCCCCCUCGAGGGCGGUGGUGCCAAGGCGUUUCGUGUUAAUCGCUGCGCCAGCUGCACCUGCGGCGUUCCCAAUGUGAAUCGCAUUGUGGGCGGCACCCAAGUGCGGACGAAUAAAUAUCCAUGGAUUGCGCAGAUCAUUCGCGGAACCUUCCUGUUCUGCGGUGGAACCUUGAUCAACGAUCGCUAUGUCCUGACCGCCGCCCACUGCGUCCACGGCAUGGACAUGAGGGGCGUGUCCGUGCGGCUGCUGCAGCUGGACAGGAGCUCCACCCACCUGGGGGUCACCCGGUCGGUGGCCUUCGCCCAUGCCCACGUGGGCUAUGACCCCGUGAGCCUGGUCCACGACAUAGCCCUACUGCGCCUGGACCAGCCGAUCCCGCUGGUGGACACGAUGCGACCCGCCUGUCUGCCCAGCAACUGGCUGCAGAACUUCGACUUCCAGAAGGCCAUCGUGGCCGGAUGGGGUCUCAGCCAGGAGGGCGGCUCCACUUCCAGUGUCCUGCAGGAGGUGGUGGUGCCCAUCAUCACCAAUGCCCAGUGCCGAGCCACCUCGUACCGGUCCAUGAUCGUGGACACCAUGCUCUGUGCGGGCUAUGUCCAAACCGGAGGUCGGGAUGCCUGUCAGGGUGACAGUGGUGGUCCAUUGAUCGUCAGGGAUCGUAUUUUCCGAUUGGCUGGCGUUGUGUCAUUUGGCUAUGGAUGUGCCAAGCCCGAUGCUCCUGGUGUCUAUACUCGAGUCUCUCGGUACUUGGAGUGGAUUGCAGUUAACACAAGGGACUCUUGCUACUGUAAUAAUUAA